AUCAAAUCAAGCUGUCAUUCGUGGUUUAUUUUCGUCAUUUGUGAAGUGUAUUCAUUUCUUUAAUCUUGGGGUCUUACAAAAUUCUUUGUAUCCUUGAAAUUUAUUAUAAUAAAUUAAUCAAAAGAAACAAGAAGUCAGAAGAAAAUACAAACUUAAUUUGAAAAACAAAAAGCUAAAUUCCUUUGUAUGAUUUCAAAGUUUAUUGUGUUAUUAUUUUUUACGUUUCUGGGACAAAGUCAAGAAUGUCUAGAUAGUAAAUGGCCUCUGCGUAUUGUGAUUAGACGUAGAAACUUGUUGUUGUGUUGAUAUUGUUAUUUUACUAUGGCACAUUUUGGAAAACGCGAUGUUACCUACAGCGCUCUCGACAACGAAUUAACUCCGCCACUUGCUGCACUGGCGGAAACCACGAAUGCAGCUCCAACUUUUAUAACACUGGACCACGAGCAUGAGGAUGCUAACAAUGUUAUCAUCCACAAAGUGCCCAAAAACAAAGGAGGAUGGACUCACAUAGAGGAUCUAGACUCAUUUUUUACAAGAAUGUAUAGAUACUAUGUUCGUGGUGGAUUUUAUCCAAUGAUAAUGUCCGACUUGUUUUAUUUGUUGCAAUUUAUUUUCAUAGUGUGGUUUUCCACAUUUUUGGUGUAUUGCGUAAAUUAUACAAAAUUAUUUAGGAAUGAGCCAGGUGCUGAUAGAACCCAGAAAAUUAGUUUAAAUGAUGUUAUUCUUCCACCAGACGUAUGUGUGAAGAAUGUAGCCUGGAAAUGGUGGUGUCUCGUCGCACUGUGUGCUGUUAUUUGGCUGAUGAGGCUAAUUAUAUCAAUAUACCAUUUAUAUUAUGCCUAUGAUACCAAAUUAUUUUAUAACAACGCCCUAAAAAUUAAGGAGAGUGAUUUAGUUUGGAUCAACUGGUCUACGAUUCAAGACCGAGUACGGGAAGCCCAACCGGAACACCACAUGUGUGUCCACAAGCAAGAGAUCAACGAACUAGAUAUCUAUCAUCGAAUACUCAGGUUUACAAAUUAUAUGGUGGCAAUGGUAAACAAAAACUUACUUCCUCUGCAAAUACAUGUGCCUUGUAUUGGUGAUUUUCACUAUUUAUCGCGAGGGUUGAGAUGGAAUAUCGAGUUUUUAUUAUUUUAUAGUCCGUGGAGUCCAUGGGAAAACUGUUGGCAACUUCGUGCAUGCUAUAAGGAUCAUUCAAAACGAAUGUUACUUGCCCGUCAGCUUGAACGACAAAUAUUAUGGUUGGCGAUAGUGAACUUACUGCUCGCGCCUCUUAUACAGGCUUGGCAAAUUCUAUACUUCUUCUUCAAUUAUGCUGAGUUAAUAAAACGUUCGCCCGCGUCGCUUGGUCUCCGAACAUGGUCGCUGUAUGCUCGCAUCACACUGCGUCACUUCAACGAGCUGGAACAUGAACUACGAGAUCGAUUGAACAGAGCCCACAAGCCAGCCACUAAGUACCUUGGGAGCUUCUCAUCACCCAUUACCACUGUAAUAGCCAAGAACGUCGUGUUUUUAUCAGCGAGCAUACUGGGGGUGCUAGUUGUGCUGUCGGUGUAUGAUGAAGAUGUACUGACAGUGGAGCACGUACUCAGCAUCAUCACCAUACUCGGCUGUGUUUUAGCUGCUGCCAGGGCUCUAAUAGGGGAGGAAGAACGUCUGGGUGGUGGAUGUACGGGCCCCGCUCGCGGUGAGGAGCUGUUUGUCCAGGUGCUUGGUCACGUGCACUACCUGCCCGCCGCCUGGAGAGGACGCGCCCAUACCAAGGACGUCGCUGCCCACUUCCAACAACUCUUCCAGUUUAGAGCCGUAUACAUCUUAUUCGAGCUGCUAAGUCCACUGCUGUGUCCACUAAUAUUGUUCUCGCUUCGUUCUCGAGCACUCGACAUCGUGGACUUUUACCGCAACUUCACAGUAAGCGUAUUGGGCAUCGGCGACGUUUGUUCAUUUGCACAGCUGGACAUCAGACGACACGGUCACCCAGACUGGCACACACCCGGGAAAUUGAAAGGAGCCACAGCGAAAACGCAAUACGAUCAAGGCGAGGGUGGUAAGACGGAGCUGUCUUUGGUGGCAUUCUCCUGUCGCCACCCCGGCUGGCAACCCACCGAGCCAUCACAGCGACAAUUCCUUCGGUCACUGCGUCAAAGCAUGCACCAUGCUAUCCCCGCCAAUAACCAUCUCAACAAGACGAUGCUCGGCUCGUACAUCCAACAGAGUCUAUUUGGUGCUAUCACGCCGUUGCCAGCUGUGCUCUCUUAUUACCCACAACAGAAGCAGCAGUACAGAUUGCCAGACAUGGACGAGACAAGUGACGAAGACGACGCCCCGCCCGCUGGUCCGACGCGCUCGACCCAGUCUGACGCUCCUCUCGGUCUGGCAGGAGUCAGCUCCGUGCUAAGUACCAGCGUGCUUAGCGCGGAGGCCCCGAGGCAGCCUGGAGACGACACGCAGGACAUGUCUGUUAGCACACUGCAUCUGUAUGAUCUGCAUCUGACUCAGGCGGGCCAGACCGUAUCGUGUUGUACCAACAAAUGCAGCGAGCGGCCGCGGACUGGGCGAUGGGACAGCGCGGAGGGCGAGGACACUCCACUCCUCCACCGCCCAUAACACCGGUGCUCACUGUCUCCGCGUGGUGUCAAAUAUCCCGUCUGGGUAUAGACUACCCACGCUAUUUAGACAGUCGCUCCACAAACUUACUCGUAAUUUUAUCACUUUUUACUAUCACUACCUUUACCAUUAGUUUAAAGCCUGCAUCGUUCUAAAUUUGCCAUACAAACAAAUUUACGUCGCUUUCGAGUAUCAACAAAUACAAUUGCUUCAAACUUCUGGUAGAAGUAUAGUUUUAAUGUAUUUGUCCGUACACAAGUUGUAGCGUAAGUCGUAUAAGCAUAUCGUAUACGCUUCGUGCAUACAUUGUACGUGCGUUCCAUAACAAGCUUGCGCUACGCUUCGCGUGCGAACGAGUAUUCUGAUACGGCAUCGUAUGCAUGACAUUGUCCUAGCUUUUCUAAUGUCAUAGGAAGCAAGACUUUUAAUGUUGCCAUAAUGUUCUUGUGCGUCAAAUUAUACUGGCGAAGGUCAUAUGUUUUGCGUACAAUGCAGUGUACAUUAAUCCCUACUUUUAUUUCACCAUUGAUUUCUAAUUAGGUAUAAGUAUGUUACGUUUUGUGUCCAGUUUGUAUCGACUUUUCUAAUAGCGUGUGGUAUUCAGUCUGUACUGAGCGACUGACAUAUUAUUUGGUUAUAUUUAUUAAUUUUGAGUAAAGUUGUCCAUAAUUUUUUAUUGUUCCUUAAACUAAAAGCAAUAAACCCUAGAACCACACUUUCGGCUCACUUUGCUCAAAAUUAAGUGUCAGUGGGAAAGGGUUGCCACCGAUUGGGGCAUUGUUGUCUAUAGGUUUAUAUUUGAGGACACACUAGAUAAUUAUUAGGUUGUAGAGCGCACAUUAUUUAGUCUCCCUAUGAGACUCGUAUGAAUCUGUACAGCACGACAGGUCGGAGUUAGCACGAAGUUAUUCACGAAAUUCGACCUUAUGUCACUAUACUUAGUACUGGACAGCACACGAUAUGUUCAUUAUGAUCAUUUAAAUUUGUAUUAGUUUGCAAGGGAACAAUGAGUUAGUUAUAUUUAGGUUACGAGCCACGCACUUAGCGUGUGCUAAAAAAAAAAGUUUAAUUCGCUCCAUUACUUGACACGAACACUACGCGUGUCUUAUCUCGAAAUCACGCGCUUCGUAAUACAACACUUCACGUAUUGUUAGCUGUUGUAGACAUAAAUGUGAAAGCAAUAUUAUUUUAGGUAAAUUCAUAGUUAUUAACAGGUUAAACUUAUUCCAGUGUAUCGUAUGAAAUAUUUUCUAUAGUUAUUGCAUAUACUUACACAUCUCGAUAUUUUUAUAGUCAUAUCACUAAGAAACAUUACGCAAACGUAUGCCUUAUAAUAGAUCGUCAUUGUUAUUUUUCUACAUGAUAACAAUAGUGCCUAAGAAUACAAUCCUUAUUCGAAAAAAACAUAAUAAAGUACCUGUCUCUUGUUAGAACACCAAGGAAUUGAGAAUGGGCAGGAGCUAACAUGGCUUUAAUACAUUUGCAUAAAUACCUUAUACCUGGAUCCUGAGGUCUUUCUACGGGCGAACCAAUACACUAAUGUGAGAACAGUUCUUUUGUCGUAUGGUUUAGAAAUACAGUCAGUAUUAGAGCUUAAUGAUAUUAAAUAUAUAGCAACAUAGAAACAGCUGACAAGUCAAGUGCGCUUCUUAUGAGUAAAGUAAUUUAAACUGCGCGCAUUAAGUACCUGUCUUAACACGGCUUGUUAUAUUAUCCGAACUACCUUGUCUUCCGAAGCAGAAAUAUAAAUUAUAAGAGUGAUACUAUUUUAUAGCAAUUUAGACUUAAACUUGUUAUACAAUACUUUUUAUGAAUAUUUACAACGUACUUUUAACUGUAGAAGUUGUUGCAGUCUGCUGCUUAGUUUUAUUUAACGGCUUCUAUACAGCUGCAGGUAGAGAAUGAAUAUUGUAUUACAAAAGUUGAUAGUACCAAUGACAAAGCUGUAUUCUAAUAAUGAUCGCACCCUGACCGCCUAUUAUACCAGAAACAGCAGCGAAGGUAUAUUUUGAUGUUAAACAAGUCAAUUUUAUAAUAUGUUUAUUUUAUGCAAGGCUUGAUAUGUGAUUGGACAACUUACUGAUACAAGUAUAAUACAUUCGACUGCUCAUUGUCCUCGCAAGGGAAUUCCAGUAAAUCUGGAUGACACACAUACAUAACAGCACCUACAAAUACUCUACAAAUACUAUAUAAACAAGCCAUCUUAGCCCCUGCACCACUUAGAAUUAGGUGUAACUGAUUCUCACAAAAAUGUUGACAGUGCCUGAAAUGAUACGCAAACAGAACAAAUGACAGCAGUGCCUAUAGUUCGUAUCGCGCUAUUUGUGGUACAAAUGUUAUAUUCCUACUGAACUAGAAACGAUUAUAUGGAUCCUGUAAUUCGCACGCCUAGUAACAAAGAUUAGGUACACCUCAUUAAAUUGUUGCAUAUUUUAAAUAUUAGAUUUAGAUGCAGUAUAUAACGAAGUUAGCUUCAGUAAGUAAACAGCAAUAUACAUUAUAAUAAUACAAGUUACAUUAUAUUUUUACAUACGUGUCGGUUAGGUCCCUGUUGUAGGGGAGGUCUUCGUUGUCGAGCUUCGUCAUUCAUGAUGUCUAAUAGAAAGUAAUAGUGAUCAUACACUUACUUUGUUAAUUAUUUGUAGUUACAAACUUGCUAGAUGACCGAAGUACAACGGCGGCGAGCAAGGCACAGAUCACACGCUUACCUUUACUAAAAUCAGACAUAUCCAUAAAACAAUUGAAGGGUACCGAGUAUUCGUUUGAAAAAAUCGGAUUCUAUUUUCCAUAGUUCAAUUCUAUGAUUUUUACUGCAACAGAUUGCCUUUAUAUUAGAGUUGGAUUCAUCCUCUCUAGACCUCACUCAGUCUGCAGCUUUCUGCAGUCUCCUUCUGAAGCAUUAUCGCAAAAGGUGACCCCGGCCUGCCAAUAUGUUGAAUCCACUAGUACAGCCGAAAUUACUGUGCGCAGUUAAAAACUAUCGCCUAUUUCGAUUACAAAACACCCUUUUUCAGAUUUUUUUUCAAUAGCAAUACUCCAGCUUCCAUCGCGUUUUCUUGUCCAAUUGAUUCAGAAGUGUGCCACAAACAACGCGUGUUUGCGCUCAGGGCGCGCUGAGGUCUUAUGGCACCGCAACUCCUUAUGACCUCCCUAAGUAAAACAGUUUUACUACUUAAUAAUCAAAAUACUGUUAUAAAUAUGUUUCUAAUUACAAACCAAGGUACAAAAGUAAGAUAUGUUAGUAGUGCUAGUUACGCGUGAUUUUGUAGUAAUGUGAGUAAAUCGUAUGUAGUUUUAUUAUAAAUAUUAAUCAAAUUACUAGAGUAGCAAUAAUUGAGCCUCUUCCAUUUUUUCAUGCUGAAGUCUUUCUUCGACGCUAGAAAUUUGUUAAAACCUACGUUGUGUUCGUACUUUGUUGAUCUAGGUAAAUGAGUUACUGUUCUAAGUAAUACAUACGAGCUUAAGUUUACAUGGAAAUGUUUUGCUCCUUUACGAGCUAUAAUAUAAUUAAUGUUUUAUACUGUCCUUCUAAUGGCCAUCUUAUCUCUUCAUGUUUGUCAUUAUACAAUUAUUUGUUGAUAAGUUUUGACAAUGGUUUGUAAUAUUGAGUUUCUUGAUACGCAAAGUUUAAAAAUGUCUGUGGCUUCUACGAGUUUAAAAAAAGUUAAUGUACAUAAUGUACUAACACCCUAAUUCACAGUUGAACAAUUUCUUGUUAUGGAUGGGUUCAAUCCCAAUUUUUAACCCCCGACGGAAAUAGGGUUAUGAGUUUUUCGGCCAUUUAAUGACACUCAAAGACACAAAAUAGCCUGUAGAAGCCACAGAAUUAUUAUUCUGUUGCGAUACUUGUUACCGUUUGUUAUAAAUAGCUGUAAAAAUUAUCUUCGCAACGGUUGUAAGAGCGUUUACUUAAGUAUUAUUACCUAUUUAGGUACUAGACCCGUUUACACGUCAUGUAUAGGGGUAAACAAUACAAACUUAUUUUGCUUAUUGCAAGUAAACUUUGAGGACAUCCGAUAUUAGUUGUGAUCCCAUCCAUUAGUAUUUUUGAAAUAUAGAACACUUCGACCGUUGCAAUCAACAGAUCAAACAUUUCUUAUGACUUAAGCGUAAUUCUCUUUAUGAACCACGGUUUAAACGGUUUUUACGAAGAAAGAUUGUCAGACAGUUUUAUGGGUGUUACCAGGGUAUCAACAACGUCCUACAGUCAGCAUUAAAUAUAUUUUGCCUAUUUAUUGAGGUUCACUUAAAGCGCCAUAAAUAUCGGUACAGUAACUAAGCAUUCGAAAUUUCAAAUGGAACAGUCAUUAGAAAAUAAAAUGAACCACUAUACAUCCUCUUAUUUAAAAAAAGUAGUCCUGUAUUUUCGCCAUUAUUGACAUUAUUUUAUUUCUUGAUUUUAGUUAUUCUGCAGCUAACCGAGCUACUUAGUCUAGUUGUUAUACCGGAUGUGCACGAAAUACUGAAAAAAAGCGACACAUUACCCAAAACUUAUGUUACUACUGAUAACACAAACUUACUAAAGUAAAUUUUUCAAAUGUUCGAUAUUUUUGUAUAUCCAUAAUGUUUCCAUUCCAUCACCAGUUUGACUAUAACCAUAUUUAUCUAUAGUAACAUUUUUGUAUUUCGUUGAGUAUCUAAAUGUACCCAUAUUUUUAAUGCUGACUGUACAAUCCGUGUCGCGUACUUUGACAGGUAUACGACGAUCUCACGCCAUUUUAAGUCUUCCAUGGUUCACUGAAAAUAUUUUUAGCUAACAAUAAAUACCGAAGCCUAAGUGCACGCAUCCAAGUUUUUAUUCAAAUUUCUACCUAUUUAAUAGUACACACGAAUAUUUUUAUUUUAUAGAGUAUGCUAUGUGUACAUUUUGUACAUAACAAACGCCGUAUUUUUAUAACGCUUCGAACGUUCACGAAUAGAUAGUGAAAUGGUAGCCUAUAUUUUUCAUAUAAAUACUACAUAUAAUCGAUAGUCCCAUAAUUAUGUCGUUGCACAUGUCUGUAUCUGCUAAGUUGUGAUAAAUAUAAACUUUACAAUUUUGUAUUAGCAUUCGGUUUAGUUGUGAAUAUUCGAUCUCUUGCUUUCUUUUUGCCGGUCGGCGGUACUCAGACAUAAUCUAUAGCUAGUAUUUAGAUCUUGGUAUACAAAACUUCCAUUUACAAAAAUAUAAAAAAUGCUUAAUAUCCCAUUUAGGUAUUAAUCUAAAACCUUUGAAUCCUGAUAAUGUUCAUUACUAUCCACCACUUAUGUGGUUUAUUAAAAACACUUACCAGUUAUUAUUUUAUCUUAUAACAAUAUUUUGUAACAGGGGUUAAUAUCAUAUACGGAUUAUUAUCAAUUAAACUGUUACCUUAAUUGUAAUUAGGGUUUUAAUUACUUUUUAAGUCAUUAAGUAGUCGUGCGUGAUAGUAAUACUUUAUGAGUUGUAUCUUGUUAUGUGUGCAGUAUCGCGUUUAAAUCUUGCAGUUAUUGUAAUAAGGUUUAAAAUGUAGUGUUUUAAACUACAACUGUAAGGUUUCAAUGCGUUACUGUAUACUGUGUGUAGGAACUUUAUGACGUAUGCGUGCAUGUGUACGUCUCAUUCGAUUUAACUGGUGAUUGGUUGCACUAAGCAGCGGAUGUCCGAGAAAAGGCCAAUGUGGCCUUCGCCAAAUUGUAUUCGUUUCAACAGGGCAAUCGCUAUGAAUCCAAAAUAAAGUACCAGACAUAUGUCUAAAGGUUAGAUUUGAUUGUAAAUUAGAUAUUACCGUUUUCUGAUUUAUUGGAAUAUAUCAAUAACGCUUAUUACGAUUUUGAACGUAAAGUCCAUAAAAAUGAUUGAAACAGAAUCAUUCUCCAAUGAAAGAUGAUAUUUGUUCUACGGUUUUGAGGCCUUGUUCUACAUUUUUAAAUCGAUUUGAUUUUAUAAUAAUUUUAGUUUAUUGUCUGAUAUUGUAAUAACUGAUGUAGAGCAUAGUAUUUUACCUUAUAAGGAAUAUGUAAUAUUUUAAUAAAAUGGCUUAUUUUCGUAAAAGCAAUUUAAAAUUAUUAGUAUUAUAAAUUUUAAUAAACAAAACAUUAUCUUACCUCGCCUAUGAAUAUGCACCAAUUAAAUUUGUCUAUAAAUUAUUGCCAAGUAACGGUCAAAUGUUAAUAUAGCAGAAAGAAAAGUCAUGCCUUCAAUAAAUAAUCUGAAUUAGACUACUGCUAUAUUAUAGACUAGGUACGUCGGGCGCACUAUAUACCAGUUUGGAUUGCUAGAAGAAACAGCUUGAAGUUCGUAGCGAUUUUAAAAUGCUUCUUUGGCUUUGCUAUCAAGUAAAGAUUGCGUGGUGUAAUAAGAGUGCGCCCGCGUACCCCUCCAAGCACUCCUCUUAAUUGGUCAGCGCACACCACUGUGAUAACAUUUUCAUAAGUUGUAGUAUUUAUAAUUUGAAACGGUAACACGGCAACCAGAUUGUAUUAAAGGAUCGAUAAAUAUGAAAUACUCAAUCGCUCAAUGUGCGAGUUCGCCGUAAAGUUGGAUAUUUACAUUUAUAUGUAUGUAUCGUGAUCUUGUGUUGUAAAGCUAGACGUGGUUUGUGAAAUUUAUAAGACUAGAUUACAACAAAUAUUUUUUAUCGAAUGCUAAUUUGUAAAUAUUAUACAACGAUAUAUUUGUUAUAUUUACCUAAUGUUAAUGUAACUUUCGUAUCUUUAUUCGCAAGAACUUGACACUCACAUAUCUUUGACGAAUUGCAACUGCUUCUAUUGGGGAUUCAUAUAAGUUUUUAUCCUAUUAUUUUUUUACUCUCUGAGUUUGUACAAUACGGGCAGUGCAAUACGAGACGUGAAGUGUCAAGUUUAUACUCCAUUGGCCCCUAACCCUGGUAAUAAAUACUUACGCCAAUAAUUUUAUAGCCAUGACAAAUACCAUUUAUAUCUCAGAU